CUCUCGGCUCCAGUCACUAUCACCGGUGCGUUAAACCUCCGCUUAAAGCCCUUUCCCUUCUCCUUCUCUCUCUCUCUCUCUCUCGCUCUGUGUAAUGUCAUCGAUCGUGAGACGAGCUAGGUCAUCUUCUCUUCCGAACUUCCUCGCAUGGCGUGCUCUGGGCUUUCGCACCAUCUGCUCCGGCGGAUUGGGCAUCGCGCCGUCUAGCUCGCCGCCGGCCUCCGCGGGAAUCAAAAUUCUGGAGUCGUUUAAGGAGGAAUUCGAAGUCGGAUCUCGCGUGGUGACGCUCGAGACGGGGAAGAUCGCUCGCUUCACAAAUGGCUCCGUCGUGCUGGGGAUGGACGAGACCAAAGUUCUCUCCACCGUUACUUGUGCUAAGUCCAAAUCCCCUGGAGAUUUCUUGCCUCUCACUGUUGAUUAUCAAGAGAAGAUGUUCGCUCAAGGUUUGAUUCCUAAUACGUAUAUGCGAAGAGAAGGUGCACCUAAAGAGCGGGAACUGUUGUGUGGCCGCCUCAUUGAUAGGCCAAUCAGACCAUUGUUUCCUUCUGGGUUUUACCAUGAGGUUCAGAUAAUGGCAAAUGUUCUAUCAUCAGAUGGGAAGCAGGAUCCAGAUAUACUUGCAGCUAAUGCAGCAUCGGCUGCGCUCAUGCUGUCGGAUGUUCCAUGGGGGGGACCCAUUGGAGUCAUCCGGUUAGGAAGGAUCGGUGGGCAGAUUGUUGUGAAUCCAACUAUGGAUGAGCUUAGCUCAAGUGAUCUUCAUUUGAUAUACGCUUGCACGAGGGAUAAAACUAUGAUGAUUGAUGUUCAAGCCCGUGAAAUCACUGAGAAAGAUCUAGCAGCUGCUCUGAGACUUGCUCAUCCAGAGGCUGUUAAGUACAUUGAUCCUCAAAUUAGAUUGGCUGCGAAAGCUGGUAAACAAAAGAAGGAGUACAAGUUGUCCAUGCUUUCUGAGAAAACUUUAGAAAAAGUGACUGACUUGGCUGCAGAGCGUAUUGAAUCCGUCUUUACGGAUCCUUCACGUGGCAAGUUUGAACGUGGAGAGGCUCUAGAGAACAUUGGAAAAGAUGUGGAAAAAGUAUUUGAAGAAGAGGGCGAUCAAGAAAGCUUGAGCAUACUUCCAAAGGCUGUUGAUACAGUGAGAAAGAAGAUAGUUCGUUCAAGGAUUAUAUCAGAGGGAUUUCGGGUCGACGGCAGACAUCUUGAUGAAGUUAGGCCCAUCUAUUGUGAAUCGCAUCACCUGCCUGCAUUGCAUGGGUCAGCACUUUUCUCACGUGGAGACACUCAGGUGCUCUGUACUAUCACACUUGGAGCCCCAGGAGAUGCACAAAGGUUGGAUUCUCUUGUUGGUCCACCGAAGAAGAAAUUUAUGCUUCACUAUACCUUUCCUCCGUUUUGUACAGAUGAAGUUGGAAAAAAACUAGGCCUUAACCGGCGUGAAGUUGGUCAUGGAACACUUGCUGAAAAGGCAUUGCUUGCUGUCAUGCCCCCUGAAGAGGAUUUUCCUUAUACAGUUCGUAUUAAUUCAGAAGUUAUGGCUUCAGAUGGCUCCACGUCUAUGGCAAGCGUUUGUGGAGGCAGCAUGGCGUUAAUGGAUGCCGGAAUUCCUCUGCGAGCUCAUGUUGCAGGAGUCUCCGUUGGUCUUGUCACUGACGUUGAUCCAUCAAGUGGAGAAAUUAAAGACUACCGUAUAGUAACCGAUAUAUUGGGUUUGGAAGAUCAUCUAGGAGAUAUGGAUUUCAAGAUUGCGGGCACAAGAAAUGGUGUGACGGCAAGUCAACUGGAUAUCAAGCCAGCUGGAAUACCAUUGGACAUAGUUUGUGAAUCAUUAGAAAAUGCACGUAAAGCCCGUCUUCAGAUUCUUGACCAUAUGGAGAGAGAAAUUAAUUCCCCACGAGACCAGCAAUGCCGGCUAGCAACUUUGAAGUACACCAACGAUGCACUUCGUAACUUGAUCGGACCUAUGGGUGCCCUCAAGAGGAAGAUUGAAGAGGAAACAGGUGCAAGGUUGUCUAUUGAUGAUGGAACAUUAACUAUUGUUGCCAAGAAUCAGGCUGUGAUGGACAAGGCUCAAGAAAAGGUUGACUACAUCAUUGGUCGCGAAAUAGUUGUUGGUGGCGUGUACAAAGGCACAGUGACAUCUAUAAAAGAGUACGGCGCAUUUGUUGAGUUUAAUGGUGGUCAACAAGGCCUACUACAUAUGUCUGAGUUAUCUCAUGAACCAGUCUCCAAGGUUUCAGAUGUAUUACAUAUUGGCAAGUACAUCACUAUGAUGUGCAUAGACUCCGAUGUCCGUGGUAACAUAAAGUUAUCCCUCAAAGCACUGUUACCCAAACCAACAUCUCGUCCUGAAAAACUCCCGGUGGUGAAAGAGGCAGUCUCCGUAGAAACGUCUAGUUUCGGGGAGGCAGUUGCAAGCCUGCCCAGUGUCGUAGAGCCGCCUCAGAAAUCUAAAUUAGCAGUUCCUGCAGUUGUCAUCCGUACUGCUGUGGAAUGUGAUGAGGCAGAGAAAUCUUCUCAUGUGGACAAGAACACUAAACCUAAACGCGCCGCGACAGUGAAGCCAGACCGGAAACUCAAAUCCACUGCCUCUAAACAGACCGUGAAGGAAGAUGAGACACUCAGCUCCACUGCUACUGAAGAAAGUCGGGAUGACUGUGGUGAGACACUGACGCAAGAAAAUAAACUCAAUUGCACUUCUCUUGAAAACAAUUCUAACAUAGUAUCAUCUUCAAAAGGUAAGAAACCCUCUCGGAAGGAGAAACAAUCAGAUAACGAGGCUGGAGAGAGUCCAUCGAUUAGUGCCCGGAAACUGAAAAUAGGAACAGAAAUGACAGCCAAAGUCCACCAGAUUCGAACGCAUGGACUGGUUCUUGAUCUAGGUGGUGGAAUCCGCGGUAUGUACAAAUUCGAGGGCGAUGAGGAGACAGAGUUUGAGAUUGGAGACACAUUGCAGGUGAAAUGUACAAGUUUUAGCAGUAAAGGAAUCCCUGUGAUGGCUUUGGUUGAUGAAGAAGAUGUUUAAUGGCUGAGUAGUCUUGUAGUUUGGCCUUGGUUCGGCUUAGUUGUGAGAACUGGAGAGUAGGAUCGUGGAGGAAUUGAACCAGACCGGUAAUUUUGGCGUACCGUUUUGUCUCUAUACUUUUUUUUUAGCAAAUAUGAACAAAUAAAAAGGAUGUUUAUCAAGGAUUAUCAGAGAGUAUUUAGGUGGGUGACGCUCUUCCCUUGUAAACAUGAUGGAAUGUCAAUCAAUGACCAUAGACCAGGAUGUGUAUUAAUGUUUAUUUGAAUCUAGACAUAUUAAAAACUUUCCUCCUCUCUCUAGGUUUUUAUUUGUUA